AUGACUCACCCUCCUACUAAAUCGACAAAAUAUGACGGCAUCCCACCCGAUAAUUUCAGCAUAGGGCAUGGUGUUUUGGAAGAUGAACUUGCAACGAAGAAAGAUGAUGAUGACGAUGAUGCGAUUCUUCGGGCAAAUGGCCACGAAGCCGCCAUGCCUCGUCAAUUCGACUGGGUUUCGGCACUUGGCCUUGGGUUUUCAAUUACGAAUUCUUGGAUUGGAUAUUUGAGCUGCUUUGGUCAAGGAUUGAUUUAUGGAGGUCCACAGACAUGCAUUUUCAGCCUACUAGUUGCGUUCUUCGCCCAGUGCGCUGUCGCUAUCGGGCUAGGAGAGCUAGCUUCCGCCUAUCCGUCAAGUGGGGGACAAUACCAUUUCUGUUAUAUCCUCAGUCCUGCAAAGACAAGAAAUUAUGCCGCGUACACUGUUGGUUGGAUAUCGAUGCUUGCCUGGUGGAUUGUGUCAUGCUCGGGUAUCUCUCUCGGAGCCGCAGUUCUCAACGGUAUCGUGGCUUUUUGCUAUCCUAGCUAUGCUGGAAACCAAUGGCAAACAUAUUGUAUAUAUGUGGCUGUUUCCACAAUGACCAUGAUUCCGGUUUUCUUCUCUGCUAAAAUGCAUGCUAUGGCUCAGUUGUCUCUCUAUCUUUCAUUGGCUGGCUAUCUAAUAUUCUUCAUUGUUGCACUCGUGAUGCACAAGAGUCGGAUGCCGACUUCCUUCUUGGUAGAGUCUGGACUGGGAAACAGUGGUUGGAGUCCGGGCACAGCAUGGCUACUCAGUAUCAGCAAUUCCAUGUACGCCUUUGGCGGUAUUGAUGGAGUCAUCCAUAUCUCCGAGGAGAUGCCUAGGCCAGGAAAACGCAUUCCUCAACUCAUGAUCUUGACUAUGCUCAUUGGCCUUUUUACUGCAUUCUCUCUUUUUGUUGUUCUCAUGGUAUUUCAAGUUGAUAUGGAUGCCGUACGGACUGCAACACUUCCAAGUCUUGAGUUAAUCUAUCAAGUAACCGGAAGUCGAAAAGUCACUCUUGGUCUCUUUAUCCUCUUAUUCGUGAUCUACACUUCAUGUCUCCCAUCUCAGUGGGUGACCGCCGGACGCAUUGCAUGGGCAUUUGCCCGAGAUAAUGGGGUGCCUUUCGCGAACUUCUUCUCUCGUGUUCAUCCCAAAUUGCAGUUUCCACUCAAUGCAACAAUAGCCGCAUACAUCUUUACUUGUAUUUAUGGGCUUCUUUAUUUGGCAUCAACAACGGCUUUCAAUUCAAUUAUCACAUCGGCUGUCCUCUUCUUGAACAUCUCAUACACGGUACCUCAAAGCAUCUUGCUGGUUCGUGGCCGCAAUGUUCUGCCUCGUCGGCCCUUCAAUCUUGGCCGGUUGGGAUUAUUUUGCAACAUAUUUUCGACCCUUUGGAUCGUUCUGCUAGGUGUAUUGAUUUGUAUGCCUCCAAACCUUCCUGUCUCGCUCAAAUCCAUGAACUAUACCCCUGUGAUUUUGGUGGGAGUUUUUGUUAUCAUCAACUCAAUUUGGCUUUUCUCUGGCAGGGCCUCUUUUGAAGGGCCACGUAUCGAUUGGGAGGCGAUGAAGCAAGCUGAGCAGGAUUGA